AUUCUCUAUGAUUCUACAAGGGGGUUUACCUAUAGAUAUUUGCUUAGAUGCGCUUCAAAACAAACGUGCAAUAUAAAUGACUAUAGUAGAGGUUUUCAUAAUAAGUUAAUAAGGUAGCUAAGUAUGUCAUUACAGCGGAUAUAAACUGAAUAUUAAAGUUCAUAUAAUCAGUAAGUAUAGUCAAGUAAAUUAUAAUGCGAAAUUCACAAUAAUGAGGUGCGUUUAUGUUAGUAUCGGGGCGGCUGCGCCGGCGCAGACGUAGUCGCGGCCAACUGCGGAGCGAGGCGCGCGCGCGCACCUCACGCACACAUGGACACCCGCGCGUACACUGUCACACACCGACUAUUGCAGUUCACACAUACUCUAGGAAUAAAGUGCAGUGAUUAUGAAAUUGUACUGAAAAAAUCGAGUGAGUAUUGUGGAUGAGGUUGUCAAGCGCGAGCAGUGCCAGCGUCAAGUGAGUCCACAGCCGCCGCCAUGGUGUCCAAGGAAACUAGUAUAAAGGUGUCGGAGGAGAGCAAGGAGGGCCAGUUCAACCUGGACGGCAUCCUGAGCGAGCUGGGCAGCUUCGGCAAGUACCAGCUGCUGCUGCUGCUGCUGCUCGCCUUCCGGGACUCCUUCCUCGCCAUGUGCAACUUCAACUAUGUCUUCGCAGCUGCCGAGGUCAACUUCAGAUGCGUAGUUCCCGAAUGCGAGUCAUUGGAGAGCGGGUUCAACGCGUCGUGGCGUUCGUUCGCGCUGCCCAGCGAGCCGGGCACGUGUCGCCGCCUCACGCCACUCGAUGCCGUCUCCAACUCCUCGGUAGACGACCAGUUCACCUACACCUGUUCGCCCGACAACUUUACCUGGAACCGCACCAUGAACUGCGACAAACUUAUUUAUGAAGACUAUAACAGUAUUGUUGCUGAGUUUGACCUGGGCUGUGAGCCGUGGAAGCGGACGAUGAUUGGCACCGUGCACAACCUGGGACUCGUGUUCUCUUUCAUCAUCUCAGGACUUAUUUCUGAUAAAUACGGUCGCAAGGUGAUCAUCGUGGGCACGCCGCUGGUGGUGGGCGUGGCGGGGCUCAUCAAGUCCUUCUCCGUCAACUACUGGAUGCUGCUCGUCUUCGAGUUCCUUGAGACUGCGCUCGGAUACGGCAACGCUUCUAUGGUCUUGUCACUAGAAACCGUCAGUCAGAAUCAGCGAGUGAUGUUCUCGUGCAUUGCCGACCUGCUCGCGUGCAUCGGCAGCGCGUUCUUCGGCCUCAUAGCGUGGAAGGUGCCCUACUGGCGGCACCUGAUGAGAGCCAUCUACGCGCCUCUUCUAGUUGUAGUGUUCUACAUCUUCCUAAUAGACGAGGGUGUCAGGUGGCUGCUGGCGCACAACAAGAACCAUGAAGCCGUCAGGGUGCUGAACAAAGUGGCCAAGAUCAACAACAUACAGCUGUCGAAGAAAGCGCAGCAGAUGCUGAUGAACAUCGCCGGGGAGAGCAAGUCACAACAGGCAGGAGAGAAUCCUCCAUCAGAGCGACCGCACCUGCUGUCAGUCCUUCGCUCGAAGAAGAUCGUGGUGCGCGUGCUGCUGAUCGCGGCGUGCUUCAUCUGCUGCACGUUCGUGUACAACGGCACGAUCAUCAACUCGGCCAGCGUGUCGGGCAACAAGUACCUCAACCUGUCGGCGCUGAUGCUGGUGCAGGUGCCGACCCGCAUCGUGGCCGCGCUCACGCUCACCAGGUUCGGCAGGAAGGCUCCCAUCUGUGUCGCAUAUACAUUGUGCUGUCUCUUCUUUAUUUCGUCCGCUUUUAUUCCUCAGUCGAUCUGGUGGUUGUCGGUGCUGUUCUACCUGUUCGGCAAGAUGUGCAGCAGCUACGGCGUGUUCUCCAUGUACGUGGUGGCCAUGGAAGUGUUCCCCACCACGUCGCGCAACUCGCUCACCAACAUCGCCAACACUGUUGGACGGCUCGGCUCCGUGCUUGCGCCGCAGACGCCGCUGCUGGAGAAAUACAUGACAGGACUACCAAGCGUGGUAUUCGGUCUGGUAGCGCUCGGUCCCGCUAUGUUGGCGCUGCUGCUGCCGGAGACCAGCCAAGCAGCCUUGCCAGAUGACGUCACCAGCGCCGAGAACUUAGACAAGCCUCACGAAGAACAAGGCGUUGACAACACCACGCAGGACGAACUGCCCAGGAUUGCCGUCAGUGUCACCAGGGAGAAAUGAACUCUGUGAUGUGGUGAUAAAGUCGUAAAUGCCGUGGAGACAAAAAACUCUACCAAACAGUGCAGUGAUAUUGUAUUAAGGAUAUUUUUUAUACCUAGUGAAUCUCGAUCAUCAAAUAGUAAGUGAUGACGUCAUGCUUGCAUUCCCAGCGGUCGUGAUGCUGUGACAGUGAAUUGUUCGCAAUAUUAGGUUGUAGGUAUUUGUGAUAUUCGGUUAUUGGUUCAAGUCGUGUGGAAGUCGCUUAAAAGUCAUUAGAUACUCGCAAACUUCGUACUUAUUCAGUUUUAAUACUUUUAUUUAAGUUUGCGAGUUGAACUGUAAACUUGAUAGACUUGAUUUUAUUUAAGGUCAAACGUGUUAGUAAAUAAAGGCAAAAACUCU